GCAAAAGAGGGGGAACGAGGGUGAGCACGCUGGGCAGCCGUGCGUGCGCUCGGCUCUGCGCCACAGGCUCGCCCGAGGAAUCACAAGCCAGAAGGGUCGCGGUCCUGAGGAGGUUUCGCCGUCACCAAAGCGUGCAGAGAACCAAGCACAAAACCUGGAGGUCGGUAGCAUCCCGGAUCCAGGCAGACUCGGGACCAGGAGAGUGCCAAGGAAGAGCAAAGCCGGAAAGCAGAUCCCAGACUCUGGAGGGGAAAGAAGAGUGGAUCCCGGUGCCGGCACGUCGCGAGCCCCAGAGCUCCCGGGACCGUUUGGAUCCUGCGCUUCGCCGCUGGACGGCACGCCCCCCUUAGCUCCGGCACCCUCCCCUCCGGACGCCUCUACAUCUGCCCCUGGAGGGACUUCCAUCAGCAAAGGUGCAGGACAAAGCCGCGCACUCGGCGGCGCCCACCAUGCACCUCAACAACUCCGUGCUGCAGGAGACCCCUGGUGAACCCGGCGCCCAGCCCUUCCCGCGGCUGCAGUCCGGACUGGAGGCGAUGCUCCUGGCGCUGGUCUUGGGCAAUGGCUCAGGCAAUACCUCGGAAUCCGUCCUGGCAGCGCCCAACAGCGACCUGGACGUGAACACUGACAUCUAUUCCAAGGUGCUGGUGACUGCUGUGUACCUGGCACUCUUUGUGGUGGGCACUGUGGGCAACUCAGUGACAGCCUUCACUCUGGCGCGGAAGAAGUCUCUGCAGAGCCUGCAGAGCACCGUGCAUUACCACCUGGGCAGCCUGGCUCUGUCCGACCUGCUCAUUCUGCUGCUGGCCAUGCCGGUGGAACUGUACAACUUCAUCUGGGUGCACCAUCCCUGGGCUUUUGGGGAUGCCGGCUGCCGUGGUUACUAUUUCCUGCGCGAUGCCUGCACCUACGCCACGGCCCUCAACGUCGCCAGCCUGAGUGUGGAGCGCUAUCUGGCCAUCUGCCAUCCCUUCAAAGCCAAGACCCUCAUGUCCCGCAGCCGCACCAAAAAAUUCAUCAGCGCCAUAUGGCUAGCCUCGGGGUUGCUGGCUGGGCCCAUGCUCUUCACCAUGGGCCUGCAGAACCGCAGUGCCGAUGGCCAGCACCCCGGGGGCCUGGUGUGCACACCCAUUGUGGACACAGCCACCGUCAAGGUCGUCAUCCAGGUUAACACCUUCAUGUCCUUUGUGUUCCCCAUGCUGGUCAUCUCCAUCCUAAACACUGUGAUUGCCAACAAACUGACUGCCAUGGUACGCCAGGCCGCCGAGCAGGGCCGAGUGUGCACUGUAGGUGCCCAGGACGGUUUACAGCACAGCACGUUCAGCAUGUCCAUCGAGCCCGGCCGUGUCCAGGCCCUACGCCACGGAGUCCUUGUCUUACGCGCUGUGGUCAUCGCCUUUGUGGUCUGCUGGCUGCCCUACCACGUGCGGCGCCUCAUGUUCUGCUAUAUCUCCGACGAACAGUGGACUACAUUCCUCUUCGACUUCUACCACUAUUUCUACAUGCUGACCAACGCUCUCUUCUACAUCAGCUCCGCCAUCAACCCCAUCCUCUACAACCUAGUCUCUGCCAACUUCCGCCAGGUCUUCCUGUCCACACUGGCCUGCCUCUGUCCUGGGUGGCGCCGUCGAAAGAAGAGGCCAACGUUCUCCAGGAAGCCAAACAGCAUGUCCAGCAACCAUGCCUUUUCCACCAGCGCCACCAGGGAGACCCUGUACUAGGCCCUGAGUAGGUUGAGAGGAGGCCUCAGCCUGUGCACCGGGCAGCAUCCCUCCCAGGCCUCCAAGGGUAAAGUAGCGGCCAGUCUACACCAUGCAGGUGAGGCUGGGCCACCCUCAGAGGAGGCUUCUUUCUUUCUAGUUUCUCUUUCUUUUGUUCCUCUGGCCCCUCCUCCCCAAUCCUCUAUUCCUGCUCCCUAUUCCUCUCCUACCUCUAAUUUAAAAAUCAGAACAGAGGCUGUUUCUCUCCCAGCCCCUCAAAGAGCCUUUAACAAGAAGAAAUUAGCACUCACCAAGGACAGCCUCCUUUGUUCCCAGACUAAUGGAUGUUUAGAAAGAAGAAAUGACAGCAUCACAUUGGGACUGGGCUCUUGGGCAGAUGGGCUAUUGUAAUCAUAUCAUCACCUUGUAGCUGCACCAGCUGUGAGACAGCACUGAGGUUGGACUUGAGCUCAGGGGCAUAGGCUCCAUCUCAGCCUCCUCCUGCCUCUACCCGUGCCCUGGUCCAGCAGAAAUCAUGACUCUCUCUGAACCUCAUGUUCUGACCCUUCCUUGGCAGGCUAGCACACUGCCUCUCCCUGGGUAGCCCAGAGAAGCCCUCAACAUUCUCUUUAAAGUCUAGGCCCCACAGCUGAAAGCUGAGGAGAUUAUAUUUCUGACUACACCCUGAAGAGGUGCCCAGUCUAAAAAGACCCAAGUUUCCACAUGCUCAGAAAGGACAAAAGGGCUAGCCUGGAAUCACACAGACCGAAGACUUCCUCCACUCUAGGUCUAUGUCACCCAGGACAAGCCUCAAGUGUCUUUGCUGAAAUACCUGCACUGGGACCUUGACCUCUUGGAUCUACAAAAGGACAUGGGAUAAGUGGAGCUUGUACCCUCUCCCCUGUCCAGGAGGCUUUGGUGGAGGCAUGCGCAGUCCUGUGCCUCUUACGCAGCUGCAUAGACUAAGGGAUGGCUUCAGGGCAGGACUCCUGAGAAUGAGGCACUAAGCUGGGUCCUCAGCAAGAUGCCAGUGUCUGAGACUCUGCAGGUGAGGAAAAGCCAAGCACGCAGUGUUCAGCUGGCCAGCAGCCCUGGGAUGAGGCAUGUGUCAAUUUGUUACCCGCUGCCAAGCAGCCAUCCUGGCCCAGGUUCUAGGCGCCUGGAAAAGCAGGCACCCUUCAUCUCCGGGAGCUGUCUCUAAACAGGACAGAAGCGUCUAGCCUCCAGCCAACAAGGCUGGCUGAGCGUUUGGAGACAGUCCCAGGAUGCCCAGGGUGGGAGUAGCAGGAGGGCCAGAGAGCCAAGCUCAGCCUUUUGCAAAAGAAUCUGGGGCCUCCAUGUCUGGAAGAGAAAUGAAUAGAUGGGCAGCUGGCCUGUAAUAACAGUAUUACCAUGGAACAUGGGAGGCCCAGUCAUGGCCCUGGGCUAGCCUCUGCUCCCUCUGAACUAUAAAACAAUGGGUUGAAAGUCAGGGUAUCUGAGGUUACACAGAAAUAUGGGGAGGGUGUUCAAUUACUUGAAUCCCACAAAACAUCGCUGCUAGUAAUGACUCCUCAGGUCAUCAAGGGCAGGGCCUAGGAGUCAGGCUCACGGCUGACACCAAGUAGAUGUCAUCAACCCAGAGGGAGGCCUCUCCACAUCGCUACAUGGGAGCCCCUCCCGGCCCUGUGGAGCCUCCUGGCCCAGUAAACGGUUCACAGGCCAAUGCUUUACCAUGAGGACUUCACCUUAGACUCAAGCCAGGCAGCCCCGCGCUAGGCCCCUACCCUGGGUGUCUAAACCUUGGGCAAGCCAUUCUUCUGAGUCUUGAUUUCCUCAUCUCAGCUGACUGGGAGUGUCUUGAAAGACCCAGCCUGGCGUAGGCAGCAAGAAGAUACCCUGAGGCUGAGCAAAGCCAACACUCUAUCAUGUGAUCCCCCAGAAAUGUUGUGGCCUCAUUAUAGGGGUGGUCCAGGCUGUCACUAGAAGUCCUUGCUGUUGUCUUUAGUGUCUUGUGUGCUUGAUGUAGUUAGGGACACACAUCCAUGUACCCCCAGAUGCACCUAUGAUCCUGGUCAAGAUGGAAAUAGUUCAGGAGGCUGUCUUGCAUGUUCUGGGCCUCAGGUCCAGAGUCUCACAAGCCCAGUAGUGAUGUGGGGAUGGGUCAUGGGUCAAGCAUCUGUCAGAAAGUUGCCCGUCACUCCACACUGCAAUCAAAGAACACCCUCUCCAUAUCACCCAAUAAAGAAUAAAGGAAGCUGUGUA